ACAGGUACCAUCGCGUUAGCAGCUGCAACCAGAAAAAGCAAAAAAGCGGAAUUCCAUCCAAGACACGGAGGGUCAUGUCGAGGCCUCACUGUGCGGAAGUGCGGCAUAGCAUAGCUUAGACACUUCCGGUUCCUUUUUUUCCCUCCCUUUCUAUCUCUCUACUACUCUGCUACUCUGCUACUCUACUACUCUCGCUCUCUCACACACUCUCUCUUUCAACCAACUCCCUCUCUCUCAUUCAUUCCCUCCUCAUCUCAUCUCUCUCUCUCUCUCUCUCCUUUCGUCGCUCGUUGAUCCGUCCAAAUCCAAAUCUCUCCAAAUACCCUCGCUCACGUGCGCUUCUCCGUCGACCCGGCUGUCUUAUUACUUCAGCUCCUUCAUAUCAUUCAUUGCUCUACAUCCACAAACUGCUGCGUAACAACUCGCCAUGGCCACCAUCGAGCCGCGUCUGAUCCACCUCUUGAAUGACGAUCCGACAACCCCGGAGCUCCCCAACACGGACCUGCUCUCGCUGCCGUCGCUGCCCGCCUUGCAGUUGCUGCCCUUGUCCGGGGCUCGCGACGGGCCUCUACCGCCGCUGCAGCUCGAGGGUCUUCGCGCAGACAGGUUCUUCGGCAGUGCUGGCAGGAAUGCCGCUCUUCCCGGCCCCAGCACCGGAGCUCCCCUGGCCUCGCCAUUCAUCGGAGACCAGUCCAACGCCUAUUCAGACUACAGGAGGGACAAUGACUUUUCCAAAGAAGGCAAAUAUGCCGGGAGCUCGGCGUUAUAUCCGCUGAGGCUGUUGCUGAGCGAGGUCAACAUGCCGCUUAUACCCACGACGUCAGCUCCUUCAUUCACCAGCAUUCUAAACGAAGGGCCAGACUUUCAAGAUGAUGCUCCCUCGUCUACAUCCAAUUCUACCUCCACGUCUUCAACUUCCUCUUCAUCAUCUUCUUCUUCAAAUACCACAACCACUGAUACCCCGGCUUCUUCUUCUACUACCAACAAGAAGAGACCAGCUAUUCAUAUCAAGGAUGAUUUUGUCCAGCUACCACAACCCGCAAAGAAACCCAAGGCACACCAGGCUCCCUUUAUGCCACCCAUCAUCAACGGACUCCUUGAGCCGCCGCCCCAUGUCGCUCUCUUCCCCCCAAUUGAGUCCAGUGCCUUUGAUGACACUGACGCUGGCCAGAGCAAGCUCCUCCAUGAGCUCAGCUACAGCCCCCCCGGCCCCCGUCUGUCUCCGGAGCCCGAUCAACCCGUCACCAAACCAAGGGCAACAAGAAAGCGUUCAAGCAAGCCCAGGCGCAAAUGGACAGAAGAGGAGACGAAUCAUCUGCUCAAGGGCGUUGAUCGCCAUGGUGUCGGCAAAUGGACCAGCAUCUUGGAUGACCCUGAUUAUGUCUUCAACUCGCGCUCUGCCGGUGAUCUCAAGGACCGCUUUCGUACUUGCUGUCCCGAAGACAUGCGCGUAACCGAGGCGGAUGAAGUCAAGAUUCGUGCCCGGCGACGGCACUUUAGGAGCAAGCCGAGAUCAAAGCCGCCGACACCAAAGAAGAGGCCAGCCAAGACACUACAAGAGUACCAGGAGCCUCAAGAGCCCCAAGAGCCCCAAGAGCCCCAAGAGCCCCAGGAACCCCAGGAACCCCAAGAGACUGAGGAGACUCUUCCAGCCCAAGGUGGGGCUCUACCAGACAAGGACCCGGCCGCCUGUCCUCCGUCCGAAUUUGACGAUGUGCCCAUCAAGAAAAGUCGGGCUCAUCGGAUGAAAGUGUCGGACCUCGCAGGGCUCGGCAUCACUGGGCCCUUUAGAAAGGCCCGUAGGCGGGAGAGGACUGCCUUUUCCAAUCGAGACGACCAAGAGAUUCUGCAGGGCCUUGAAAAGUAUGGCGCGUCUUGGUCCAAGAUCCAGCGCGACGGGCGUUUUCACCUUGGCUCCCGGCAGCCCACGGACCUUCGAGACCGGGUGCGCAACAAGUUCCCCUACAUCUUCCAGCGCAUCGAAAAGGGUGUCUUCCAACCCAAAGAUGUCAGCGUCACAAAUAUCCUCGAGCCCAUGGUCAGCACCACCUUUGUCGGCUCAUUCAAGACCGCUCCGGCUCCACCACUUACACUAAACUCCAAUCCCGCAAAAGCCUCGCAGGAAGAGUUGCCCAAGGGGCCAUCAGCGGGUGGUGGCGAGAUGGACAUUUCCAGACUUCUACUGGACGACGCCCAUGUGACACCUGCGCUCUCUUAGAACCAUCACACCUCAGAUUACUACCUACUACUGCAUCCAUGAUAUCCCAUCAUCUUUUCUUUGUUCCGAGCCUUUUUGUGCUCGAUAAUUUACUUUGACGCGCUGACUUGAGCUCGCGCAUGGAAGAGGACCGGCCAGGAUCAUAAUACCCCCCCAUAUUAAUGUUGAGCAUGAUGGGAUGAGAAUAAUAGCAAGCAAAAGAUGAAUUAAUUGACAUUUAUUUAUUCCACAUC